AUGCCCAACCCCCUCUCCGCACAUUCUCCUGGACAAUCCAAUUUCCAGGAAGCACUGGUGUCCUGCUACUGCGCCCUCUCGCUGGCGUCGCUGCGCGAGUUUGAGCUGUACCUAGACAACUGCCUGGAGUUUUUGGCCGAGGAUGGCGUGGUGCGCAGUAAUUCGGUUGAUAAGGCGAUAUGCGCGCAGCUGAAGCUUGUGAUGGAUGAGCUUGCGCCUCAGCAGAGGCGGGUUAAGGCGCUUUCGCCACGAAUGCUAAUAAGCAGUUUGAGUCAGAAGGGCAGGUGGGUGUCGAGCAUGGGAGAGCAGGACGCACAGGAGCUGUUUCAGAUGAUUUCGAGCACGCUGCAGUCGUCGAGGCGCGAGUCUGAUGCAUCCAUAUUCAACUCGGGAUUCCUUACAAAGAGCGAGCCGAUGAAGAGUAGCGUGAUUUCGAUACCCAGCAGCGACGGUAAAUCAGAAGGGCCACGUACAGCAACUCCAGGGAGCCAGGUUGAGACGAGUUACUCGGGCAGCACAGCGACCUGCCGUAUGCCGCCAUUCUCCAAUCCCUUGCUAGGCAUGGCCGCCAGCCGCAUCGCCUGUGUCAAGUGCGGAUAUACAGCAGCCAUCCGGCAUUUCACAUUCGACAACCUGUCGCUAGCCGUGCCGAGGGCCAGCACGACUACCAUUGAGGCGUGCCUGGGCAUGUACACUGUAAUUGACCGACUCGACGAUUUCAAGUGCCGACACUGCACAUUGACAGCGACCCUACACAAAAUCAAACAAGAUAUUGCGCACCACCAAGCUGAGCUGGCAAACACGGAGAGCGAGUCGAAACGGGCAAAGCGGCACAUUGCGGCUAUCAGCAGGCUCAGCGACCAGCAGGACGAGGUCGCAAAGGCACUGGCGACUAACCCGGAGACCAACCUCAAGGGCAUCGAGCUGGUGUCGCCGCCCCCUGGCGUGUCAACAAAGCAGACAAUGAUUGCACGGACGCCCAAGAUCCUGGUUCUGCAUCUGUCGAGAUCGAUAUUCACGUCCAGUGGCGAUAUGAUCAAGAACCCGGCACGUGUGCGGCUGCAGCUCCUGCUCGACAUCUCGCCGUUCACAACCACGGGGCAUAUCAACACCAAUGCAUCAGCGCCGAUUUCUGGCCCGCAGCCGCUGAGUGCUGCGUCGAAGGCGGAGGCCAAGCGCAACAACUGCCUGUACCGGCUGUCGGCCGUCGUAGUCCACGCUGGAUCGCACCACUCGGGCCAUUUUUAUGCGUACCGACGGGUGGCAGGUGAAGACGAGAAGAUGGAGGCGCCAGGAAAGUGGUUCUGUAUAUCAGACCAUACCGUGGCGGCUGUGUCGCUCGACCAUGUGCUGGCCUCUGGCGACGCCUACAUGCUGUUCUAUGAGCGCCUUUAG